AUGUCCUCUACAAUAUACAACCACAAACAUCUACAGCCUACAGGGGCGGGGCCCCAGGGCCCCACUGCCUUCGCCACCCUCAACCAGUGCUUCAGCCAAAUACGAGACGAGUUCAACACCCUCCAGGAGCAGUGUGACCAUCUCCGCGGUCAGCGAGACGAGUACGAGAGCAAGAUCACCAGCCAAGUCAACGAACUCAACAUCAUCCGCCAAUCCCUUUACGACCUCGAAACCCAGCACGGCAAGAUUCGCCAGCAGUACGAGGAGGACAUCCGUCUUCUUCGCGCAGAACUCGAUCAGUACAAACGUCGUGGCGCACCAGAGCCCCUCGGUCUAGCCUCCCUUGGUCGCGACCGCGAGCGUGACGCCCGCGACAGGGAACGCGACCUUGCUCUCGCCCGCGAACGUGACUUGAACAGAGAACGCGACGUCAGAGAGCGUGAUGUACGCGACAGGGAACGUGAUCGCGAUCGGGACGUCGUCAUGGCCAACACCGCACCCCGCCCCGACGCCCUCGGUCGCGAAGCACUUGGCCUUGGUAGACCCCCACUUCCCGGCGGUCCUCCCCCAGGCUCUGCCGGUGAGCCUCUCGGUCCUCUCGGCCUCACCCCGCAUGCUGGUCCCGUUGGGUUGGGCGUUGGCGCUGGUCCCGGUGGAGGCGGAGGCUACGGCGACCCCUACUAUGGCCGCGAUCGCGACCGAGAAAGAGACCGUGAUCGGGAGAGAGACCGCGAACGUACUGCUCUGGACAGGGAGCGCGAACAGCGAGAGAGGGAGCGUGAGAGGGACAGAGAUCGCGACGGCCGUGAUGUGAAGCGCAUUAAGACUGAACGGGAUAGAAUGAAGUCUGAUCGAGCAGCAGAUGUGUUUUCACCUUCCAUGGGCGCCCAGCCUCCACCAUCUCAUCUUCCGCCGCAUCAUCACCACCAAUCAAUCUCCCUCGGCCCAGCCGCUCCCCCUCCGUCUUCAUCGAACGGCGCACCUCCUACACCGUCUGGACCUCCGCCAUCUUCUGCCACUCAGGCGACCCCGAAGCUUCCGCCAACGCCUAGCGCCUCGACACCAUACACGACUGGGCCGGGCGGGCCAGGACCUGGCGCCCCAGGACCGGGGCAGGAAGUCUCGAACGGUGUUGCGGGGCCUCAACCAUAUCCACCUACGCCUACCGUGACCUCUGCGUCCACCCAAGAGCCUCCAAACUCGUUGGCUGUUGCGACACUCCCACCCCCACCUGGCUCGUCUGUCGCGAUCCCUCCAAUGCCCGUUGACUUGAGCAUGGACCCCCAAAGCGUACCGCCGGAGUUGAAGAAUGAGGGCCCAGAUUGGUUUGCGAUCUUCAACCCCGCUCCGUCAGGACCGGACGGCCCGGGCGGCCAGUUGACGAGGAAGAGGAACCUGGACGUGCAUCUGGUGCACACUCUGAUGCAUGAGAGCGUCGUUUGUUGCGUCCGGUUCUCGGCCGAUGGGAAGUACCUCGCGACGGGUUGCAACCGAACAGCACAGAUCUACGAUACAAAAACCGGCCAGAAAACUUGUGUGCUGGUGGAUGAGACGGCGAGCAAGACUGGGGAUCUGUACAUCCGCAGCGUGUGCUUCAGCCCAGAUGGGAAAUACCUUGCGACGGGUGCGGAAGAUAAGCAGAUCAGGAUCUGGGACAUUCAAAAGAAGAGGAUCCGGGCGACAUUCGAUGGACACCAGCAAGAGAUCUAUUCGCUCGACUUCUCGCGAGAUGGCCGCCUCAUUGUUUCUGGUUCUGGUGACCGCACCGCCAGGAUCUGGGACAUGAACGACCUUUCGGGCCGUUCGUGCAUAGUUUUGAAUAUCCCAGAGCCGGAUGGCGUCGAUGCAGGUGUGACUUCCGUGUGCAUCUCCCCCGACGGUGGACUUGUGGCAGCCGGCUCGCUCGAUACCGUCGUCCGUAUCUGGGACGUUCAGACUGGACAGCUCGUCGAGCGUCUCAAGGGUCAUCGUGACUCGGUCUACUCCGUAGCGUUCACUCCGGAUGGCAAGGGUCUCGUCUCGGGUUCGCUGGACAAGACGCUCAAGUACUGGGACGUCCGGCCUAUCCUGCGUGCGCGUGAGGGUGCCGGGUCGUCGGGUUCGGGUGCCCCGCCUGGGUCGAGCGGGAAGAACGGCUUGGGUGGCAAGGGUGAUGGCGGCGGAGAGAAGGGCAGUCAGUGCACGAUGAACUUCACCGGCCACAAGGACUACGUACUUUCCGUCGCGGUGUCCCACGAUGGCAAGUGGGUCGUGUCGGGGUCGAAGGACCGGGGUGUGCAGUUCUGGGACGCGAACACCGCCGUUGCGCAGUGCAUGCUGCAAGGGCACAAAAACUCUGUGAUCUCGAUCGACCUCAGUCCUGCAGGGAACGUUCUCGCUACUGGCUCUGGAGACUGGCAAGCCCGAUUAUGGAGGUACGAGGCGCUCUGAGCAGCGCUUGUCUGAGUUGUAUAUCCGUCGUCAUCUGCAUCAUCACUUUGUAUAUUAUAUCCUGUCGCUGAGAUUGCAAGCUUUCGUCGCCGCUGUUGUUUUACCGUCCUGUCCUCCGCACGCGUACUCCUGUAUAAUGAAUGAAUCCCUAUCAGACUCGCACCCCCCACGUCGCGUUUGGCAUCUUGUGUCCCCCUUCCCGUUUCGUGUAUUGCGUUCCCUGGCGCCCGUGUCGCGUAUUGCGUUCCCGGGGAGCUCGUUACUCAUAAUGUCCACCUAUCAUUGUAUGUUAUGCUAGACAUUGUUGUCACUCUAACCCUAAGUCGGAGGUCCAACACAAAUCUGACCGCAAACGAUAGACUGCCACAACUCUCCCAAUAUAUC